CUCUAGUAGUUGCCAUAUGAACCAAUUAGAUUAAAAUGUUAGCUCUUCUGACUCUGUCAACCACCUCACCUGUCGUUUCCUUUAAGUCACAGCCACUUCACACGCACACCUCUCACUACAAUUUCUCUCUUCUUUCCACCUGUUGACCGUUGCACCCACGCCCACUUUCCUUUUCUUCUACGUAGAACUCAACCAAAACUUAGAAACACUUAAAACUUUGUUAGUUUUAUUGUUUCUUCGUUUACUGUGAGUGUUUUCAUGGCUUUGGUAAGGGAGAUUGUGGGUUAUAUUGCUGUAUUAGUGAUUGUGGUGGCGGUGGGUUCUGUGAGUGCCAGGUUUGUGGUGGAGAAGAGUAGCAUAAGCGUUCUGUCUCCGCUGAGUCUGCGUUCGAAGCAUGAUGGUGCUAUUGGCAACUUUGGGACACCAGACUAUGGUGGGUUCAUAGUGGGGUCUGUUGCGUAUCCAGAUAAAGGGGCUUUUGGUUGUGAGGCCUUUGAGGGUGAAAAGCCAUUUAAGUCCAAAUAUUCUCGACCCACAAUUCUCCUUCUUGAUCGUGGAGAGUGCUACUUUGCCUUGAAGGUAUGGCACGGUCAACAGGCUGGAGCUGCAGCAGUAAUAGUGGCUGAUAGCAUAGAGGAGCCCCUAAUAACCAUGGAUUCUCCUGAGGAGAGUACCGAUGCAGAUGGGUAUAUAGAGAAAAUUGGAAUCCCAUCGGCCUUGAUACAGCGGUCUUAUGGUGAGAGCUUGAAGCAAGCAUUGAAGAAAGGUGAAGAUGUUGUGAUGAGAUUAGACUGGAGAGAGUCGGUUCCCCAUCCCGAUGGGAGAGUUGAGUAUGAGCUUUGGACAAACAGCAAUGAUGAGUGUGGGACUCGUUGUGAUGAGCAGAUGAAUUUCAUUAAGCAUUUCAAGGGCCAUGCUCAAAUCCUUGAGAAGGGUGGAUAUACUCUAUUUACUCCACACUAUAUAACUUGGUAUUGUCCUCAGGCUUUUAUUCUUAGCUCUCAGUGCAAGGCUCAGUGCAUAAACCACGGCAGAUAUUGUGCUCCUGAUCCCGAAAAGGAUUUCGGAGAGGGGUAUGAAGGCAAGGAUGUAGUGUUUGAGAAUCUGAGGCAGCUUUGUGUGCAUAGAGUUGCUAAUGAAGGCCACCGGUCAUGGGUUUGGUGGGAUUAUGUGACAGAUUUCCACUUUAGGUGUUCCAUGAAGGAGAAGAAAUACAGCAAAGGAUGUGCUGAGGACGUUAUGAAAUCACUGGAUUUGCCUAUCGAGAAGAUUAGAAAAUGCGUUGGUGAUCCUGAAGCUGAUGUGGAGAAUGAAGUGCUUAAAACCGAGCAAGAACUCCAGGUUGGGCGUGGUUCUCGUGGUGAUAUUACAAUCUUGCCAACAUUGGUUAUUAAUGAUGUUCAAUAUAGAGGAAAGCUGGAAAGGGCUGCUGUGCUGAAAGCUGUAUGUGCUGGAUUUAAGGAGAGAACUGAUCCUCCAAUUUGUUUAAGUGGAGACAUUGAGACCAAUGAAUGCCUUGAGAGGAAUGGUGGCUGUUGGAAGAACGCAAAAGCUAACAUAACUGCUUGCAAGGAUACAUUUAGAGGGAGAGUUUGCGAGUGUCCUGUUCUAAAUGGUGUGCAGUAUCAAGGAGAUGGAUACAUAUCCUGUGAAGCUUUGGGACCUGCACGGUGUGCAAUAAACAAUGGAGAUUGCUGGUCAGAAACAAGAAAUGGAUUAACUUUCUCAGCCUGCUCAGAGUCCCAGCUAAGAGGCUGUCAGUGCCCGCCUGGCUUUCACGGGGAUGGCCAUAAAUGUGAAGAUAUCAAUGAAUGCAAAGAAAGUCUUGCCUGUCAGUGUCACAGUUGCUCCUGCAAGAACACUUGGGGUGGAUAUGACUGCAAGUGCAAGGGGGACCUUCUCUAUAUGAAGGAACAAGAUACUUGUAUAGAAAGAAAUGGAUCCAAAUUUGGAUGGUUCCUUACAUUCUUGGUCUUGGCUGGUUUGGUGGGUGCUGGUCUAGCUGGUUAUGUGUUUUACAAAUACAGGCUUCGGUCUUACAUGGACUCAGAGAUCAUGGCUAUCAUGUCACAAUACAUGCCACUUGACAACAACCAAAACAGGGAAGUCCCAACUGAAGCCCAACCUCUACGACCAGGCUCAUCGAAACAAAAGAUAAACCAAUCAGUGUACAAAUAAGAGUGGUGAUCACACUUACUGUUCAGAGAGGUGCAGAUAGUCAUUAACGAUACCACUCUAAUACCACCUCAUGAGCUAUUGACGCGCAUAAAAUAAUUUCUCGAAUUCUUCUUUUUUCGAUCCUUUUGCAUAUAGAAUGUGGUUAAGAGCUGAGAUGUAAAUAUAGAGUUAAUGGUUUAUGUGCUGAACAAUACAUGAGAGAGAGGAAAAGAAUAAACCAGAAGAGAAUAAUGUGGUGCAUCUGGAUUUUCUAGCUU